AUGAUAUCUUCAAGUGCUAAUAUGAGUACCUACAUUAGGAGAAGGAUAAUUUACUUAUCCUACAAAAACUUAUUUAUUUUUAUAAUUUAUCUCCAACAAAUUUGUUAUUGUAAUUGUUACAAUCAAUAGCAAAUAAUAAUUCAAAAUACCACCAAAAUAUAUAAACCAAUCAGACAGCGAAAGACCAGCGCCAUAUUUGCGCAGUUUAAAACAGAAUUACGCCUAUUGAUACCACACCUGGUUCAUUAUAUUAUGAUCAUACCUAUAUAUUUAGCCAUGCUGUGACGUAAGUGGUUGCAGUGAUAUGCGUAUCAGAAAUGUGUGAUCAUACCUUGUGAAUUUUAUUAUGUUUGUAUUUGUAAACACAAACAAAUAAACUUUUCAUUGUGAUUCAAGAGUUGACGAGUUUACUACAUUUCGGUACAGAAGACUUCGGUACAUCGAGUUCGUUUAAUUUUUGUUUAGAAGUUGUUUCUGAACCAAUGAGUCUUGAUGUUCGUGGGUAGAUGUUAAUAUAUGGUUUGCCGAAUUUCGUACCAGGUAAAACUUUUCAGUUGUUUUCAAGUAAUUCACUUGAUUAAGUUGGAUGCAAUUUAUUUGUUUUAUGACUAUGUAUAUGAUUUCUGUUAUGAUCGUAUAAAAUAAUCAAAUACAAUUUAUUUAUUAUAUUAUAAUUAGUUACAUUAUUAAUUAUAUAAUAAUAGCAAUAUCAUUUUAUACUUUUAUAAUAAUAAUGAAUGUAUUAUUAUUAUUAUUUACUGACGCCCUAUAGAGCAUUUUUUUAAUAUUGAUUGUAUAAUGUGUAUUUUUUAUUUUUAUUUUUAACUUUCGUAAUUUUUCUGGUGGGAAAAUUAAUGGCUGGGGAAAAAUAAAAAUAAAAAUUGUACGAACCAAGUAUACACAUUACACAUAUUAUUUUACAGAUAUAAGAUAUAAAUCAAUUGAUUUCAAGAUAAUAUGUAGCUUAUCCAUAAUUUAUGACAUUAGUUGGCAUUCUAUUAUGGUAAAUUUCCUUAAAACCUUUCUUGUGUUAAGAUAGAACUGUUUUAUAAACUACUUCCAGUCACACGUCUAUCUCUAAAGUUACGAUUUGUCUUUUUUUCUGUGGCUUUUUAUUCCAUGCCUUUUUUUUUUCUGAUUACCUAAUACCGCAUUAUAGUUGUAGUAUUGCUAACUCUAAAAACAGAAUGGUGAAAUUUGAACCUAAAAAUGGUAAGAGCGAGAACUGAAAAUGAAACCCCCAAAAGGAUGGUUUCAAUAUCACCUAUUUCCAUCAUUCGAGUUUCAUUAGCUGUUCUCACUACCCAUUCAAGAGCAAUGUUUAAUAGCAUCGAUGACAAUGCGUCCCCUGGAUAUAAAGACCAGAUUUUACUUCAAACUUUUUAGACAAUUUUUGCUGAUAUUUUAUCUUAAAAUUACUCUUACUGUUACACAUCUUAAUUAAAUCUAUAUAUUUAUGAGGAAUACCCAAACAUCUCAAAACUUUCCGUAGCUCUUGUCUAUUAAUGGAAUGGUAGGUUUUUUUUAAGUCUAUGAAUACCAGGUGGAGAGUCUUGUCAUUAGAGCCCAGAAUUAUAUGCAUUUAAAAAUUGUCAAAUAUGUAUACAAAAAUUAGCUGAAAAAGCAAUUAAAUGCAUUAUAUUAUAUUUAAUAAAAUAUAUUUAAAAAAAUAAAACACCAUUUUUGCACCAAUAAUAGUAAUAAACUUAGUAAUAAUUUAUUAUAUAUUAUAUUAUUUGAAAUAACAUGUCUUGAAAACCUAACAUUAAACUUUCAAAAUAAUAAAACUAAAAUCACAUGCUUUUUACCACGCAAGAUUUUAAAAUAUAACGACACAUCAUGUACAACAAGAAUGACAAACAAAUUCAUCAAAUGAUUAUACCAAAACAUACAUGAUUGUGAGCUAUAGGUUAUAGCUCUAAUUUCAUACACUGUGGCAAAUAUAACAGUAUUUUAACAAAAUUCCUCUGAGAAAAAACUUCAUAAACUUUUUUUCUAUAGUAAUUGAUUUAUCAAUAGAUACACAUAAUAUGUAUGUUGUGUGCAUUUGUGAACUAUUGUAGUAAUUUGAGUAUGCAAAAUAUGCAAAGUCAAAUUUGGUGUGAUAUGAAUCGCAGACAUUUUAAACCACCAUCAACGUGCAUACACUAUGUAUAAACAUGUAAAUACAUAUAAUUCCAGUCUCUACUUAUUAUAUUCCUAGUGCUUAGAGCAGAAGGUUAUCUGAUGGUAUGGAUAUGAUCAAUAGUUAUUUUUUAUGACGUAAAUAUAUUGGUGAAAAAAGAGUUUGUUAAACAUUAAAUUAAAUGAACAAAAUCGACAAUUGAUUUCUCUUUUUUAAACCCACAUUGGUAUUCCUCCACAAUCUCUGUUGCAUUAUAGACUGACUUGUUCCAAUAACAAUGUUGUAAAUACUUUAUAUCCUGAGUCUAAUAGUGAUACGCCCCUAUAAUUUGACACUAACAUUGAAUCUUGAAAUUGAAUAUGAUUAACAUCAAACAUAUACAAAAUCUUAUCCUAGGAUUGAUCAAAAAACAACAAACUUCCACUAUAAAGUGAAAUUCAAUCCAACUUUUAUAAUUACAAUUUGCCUAUAAAACAACAAUAUCUGAGUUUAAACUUAUUUAGUUCUUAAAGAGUAUAUUACAGUAUUCAAAUGUAAUGUAAAAAAAAAAAUAGGUAGAGAUAUAGGUUUGAAAAUUAAUUUUUGAGGAUGUUUGAUUGGUGUCACUACUCUACUACUUUUUAUAUUGUUGGUUAUUAAUGCUGGAAUCUAAUAUAUUCAUAGACUAUGCUAAUAGACAAGACAAAAAGAAUUUAGUGGACACAAAGUGUGGAAAUAUAGUGUGCUUUUUGUGUUGACUGAGUGACUGAUAUAUUUUAAUAUAUUAUAAGAUGACUGUCAUUUUUUUUUACAUUGUAUCAAGUAUAUUAGCAAAGUGUCAAACAAUCAGUGACUCAAAAAAAUUAUUGUAAUAAUGUUAUUAUUAUUUUUUAAAUUUGUGUUAAAGUUAAAUAUUUAUUAUUUAAAUAUGAAUUAAACAACUGUGAAUAUAAACUAAAAUUAAAAUAUAUAGUUACCUCGUACCUAUAUGUUAUAUAAACCAUAUUUAUCAAAUAUAAAUAGUUGUGAGUUUGUGACUUAUGUUAAACUAGAUACAAUGUAAUUCAUACAUAAUAACUCAUUUAUUACCGAGGUAAAUUUAUUUGUAUUUUGGAUUUCCUAUAACUAAAUGUAUAAAGCUUAAUUUUUACAUUAGUUGAAUUAAUGUAUAUUUUUUUCAUUAAAUAGUUAUCUAAUAAAUAAAGUUUUUAACUAAUAAACAUGAAUCAUGAAACAUUAAUCCAAUGUUUUACUUAAUUUAGUAUACCUGAAAUAUGUUUAUAAAUUACUAACACAAUUUAUAUAUUUAUUUGUAUUUGAAUUUAUAGUUUAAAGAAUAUUUUCAGAUUUGUUAAAAUGGACAACUUUCAACCUUGCGAGUUUCUUAAAAUCAUCCAAAGUUUUCAUAAACAUGUCGACGAUAAUUUUGAACAACCAUCAAUUAUGUUACUCAAACUUAGAUCUUGCCAACUUAGAGCUGUAAAAUGGAUGGUAGAUAGAGAGACAAAAAAUGAAUGUGAGUUAUUAAAUGUUAUACUUAGAUUGUAGCUAAAAAAAAAAACCUAUGUUUAUAAAAUACUUAUAGUUAAUAUUUGAAUAUGGGUUUUUCAGUAAUUAAAAUUGAUGGUUCGCCAUUUAGUGGAGGUAUUUUGGCUGAUGAGAUGGGCUUAGGUAAAACUGUUGAAAUGUUAACGUGCAUCGCUUCUAAUCCAGCACCUUUAGAAGUAUUUUAAUUUUCUACCUCAAUUUUUUAAAUUAUAAUGUUAAUUGUAUUAUAAAUUUGUUUAGUUCUAUGAUAAAAAUAUACUUGAUGGAUUAAAAAUUCCUAUUCCAAAUAUCUCAAACUCAAAAAUAAACAUUACAAAAGAAAAUACUAAAUACAUAGAAUCCAGUAAUGAAGCUUGUAAGAAAAUAACAAAAAAUACUACACGAACUAUGUUAGAAGGAUGGUAUAAUUCUGUUUUAAGUGACAUGAGCACUGUAACAAAGAAAAGCGUCCCAAGUGCUUCUGAUGAAAAUAUUCAUAUUGAGUGUUAUUGUAUUGAAACACCGCCUAACAGCACUUUAGUAAUUUGUGCUGUGUGUAAUAAAGGCCAACAUGCAGAGUGUGUACAUUUUCUACCGAAACCUUUUCAAGAAGUUCCAUACUUGUGUGCCACUUGUUGGGCUUUAAAUGAAAAACUACAAUGUAAAGCUACAUUGGUUGUAGUACCACUGUCUAUUGUAAAUCAGUGGACUAAUGAAGUAACAUUAAUUCAUCAUUAUAUAUUUUAUUUUGUAUGUAUUUAUUUCCAUUACAUACUUUAAUUUAAUUUUAGAUAGAAAAACAUAUUGCAAAGCCUGGAUUGAAAGUUCUUCUUUACAAUGGUGUACAUUCUGAUGGCUAUAUUCAACCGUUUACAUUCAAUGAAUAUGAUGUAGUAAUCACAUCAUAUACUAAUCUCUCAAAAGAUUUAAACUAUUUUGGAGUAAGUAUAGUGCUAAUAUAUGAAUUCUAUUGUUUCUUAAUUUUUUUAUUAUUUUUCUUUGUAUAUAUAAAUUUGAAAACAUUACUAAAUCUCUACAGUAGAAACAAUUUUUUAUUUGGCUAAGCAAACUUAAUUUUACUCUGUAGUAUAAUUUCUAAAUUUUUUUUAGAAAAUGUUUGUGUAAUUAUUUUAAAAAUAAAAUUUGACAGCCGAUAAUAUUAAUAUUAAAUUUGUAGACAUUUACAUAAAUAAAUUAAUGUUUAUUGUAGGAUUCAGUUAAUCAAACUAUUAAUACUCGCCUGCGACGUUCCAAAAAGUACAAUUAUCCUCGAUCUCCAUUGACUUCAAUAAAGUGGUGGAGAAUUUGUUUGGAUGAAGCUCAAACUGUUGAAAGUCUAAAUUGUAAAGCAUCUGAAAUCACAUCAUGUUUACAAUCUGUACAUAGAUGGGCAAUGUCUGGUACACCAAUACAUAAUUCAAUGACUGGUAAGCACUAAAAUAUUUAUAUUUUUUCUUAAUUAAAAUGACAACAAUUGUUAAAGAAAAAAAAAACCUAUUAUAUUACUAACGUGUUCAUUUUAACAUUUUUAAAAAAAUAUUUUGUGUUUAGAUCUUAAAGGUAUUUGUAAGUUCCUACAAGUAAAACUAAACUAUAAACUAGAAGAGUUUGUUCAUGGUAAUAAUAUUUCUAAUGAUAUUAUUGAAUGGUUUUCAAAAUUAAUAUGGCGUAAUACUAUUGAAGAUGUGCAACAUGAGUUAAAAAUACCAACUCUAAUUAAUGAAUAUCAUUGGCUUACAUUUUCUCCAAUUGAAAAACAUUUUUACUUAGGCCAACACGAUAAUUGUGCAUCAAUUUUUUCGAAUGCUGUAACCAGGUAAUAAAUAAAUUUAAAACAUUAAUCUUGAAAUUUCUUUUAGGUUGUCAUAAGUUUUAUAAAGUUAAUAAUUUUAGAUUGAUACAUUAGAAAACAAUUUUAAGAAAAUGCUGAAAAUGUUGCUUAAAAAGUUUUAUCUUGUAAAUAUUGUUUGGUAGAUUACUUGGAAAGAUAUCAUUAUUUUAAAUUAUAUAUCACUUUAGAUUCAUAAAACUAUUGGCUAUAAAAUCUAGAAGUAUAAGAUAAUUAGUGAUGGAUAGAACUGUUCAAAUUUCAAAUUUGCAGUGAAAAAAUGUUUAACCAAAUUAUUUAAUAUCUAAUACUGUUUGUAAAUCGAACUUAAAAAUAUUUUUCAAACUGAUAACGACAAUUCGAAGUUUAAAUUUAAUUAACACUAUAAUUUUUGUUUUUAUCUUUUUUUUUUUUUGUAAAUUCGUAUUUGUAAAUUUUCUAAAUCCGUAGAUUUAUUUUUUGCAGCUCUACUUGCUUCUCUAUUGUAGCACAGUUCUUUCAGGUCUUUGUAAUUUCCCUUAUUCGUAUCCUGCAUUAUCUGUGUCAUGUAUUCUGCUCUUGGUCUUCCUCUUGCAAUGUAUCUUUCAACAUCUCCUUCAAUUAUUUUCUUAAAUAAACUUUCAUGCCUUAAUAUGUGUCCUAUCAUUUUGUCUCUUCUUGAUUGAAUACUUUUUCAUAUUUGUCAUUGUUCCUUUAUUUUAUUUAAUACUUCGUUAUUCGUUACCCUCUCCGUCCAUGGUAUUUUGGACAUUUUCCUGAAGUACCACAUCUCAAAGGCUUCUAGCCUAUUUUUUUCCAUUGAGUUUAUUGUCCAGGUUUCGGAUCCAAAGAGCGCUACACUCCAUAAAUAACUUUUUUGGAAUUUCUUCGUUAUCUCCAGGCUGACACUAUUGGUAGUUAAAAUGUGGCUUUUGUCUUGAAAGGCUCUUUUUGCCUGUGCUAUUCUGUAGAUUAUAUUUGUUUUGCUGCUGCCAUGCUCUGUCUGUUAUAUUGCUUCCUAGGUAUGUGAAUUGCUGUAUUUGCUUUAUUUGUUCAUUGUCAAUAUUUAUGUUGAUUCGAACCGGAUUAGCUUUACUGCAUACUAUAACUUUCGUUUUCUUUUUGUUUAUUUGCAUUUCAUAGUUAUUUUCUAAUAUUUUAUCUAUUUUGACUAGGGUAUUUUGUCAUCCGCAAAUUUUAAGGCAGUAACCAUUGUUCCUUCACUUCUUUCUGUAUUUCUGCUCUCAAUUUUUUCAUUGCCUCUUCAAUGUAUAAGUUGAACAGGCAACAAGAUACACACCUGUUUGAAUUUUUUUUUAUUUUUGCUUCUUGUUCUUUCCCAUCUUAUAUGUAUUAAGACUGUUUGACUUUUGUACAUAUUAUAGAUAAGUCUUCUAUUGUUAUAUUUAAUUCCUAUUUGUUUAAGAUUUUAAAUAAUUCCUUAUAUUGUACAUUGUCAAAAGCCUUCUCUAGAUCUACAAAAGUGAUGAAAGUUUCUUUGUUCCGUCUAAUCUGUUUUUCUAUCAUUAUCCUUGGUGUCAAAGUCACCUCUCUAGUUCCUAUAUUUCGCCCGAAACCAAAUUGAUCUUCACCUAGGUUUGCAUCUAUUGCCUUUUCUAUUCUAUUCUUUAUCACUCUUAUUAUUAUUUUUGAAUCAUGUGUGUUGAGGUUUAAAGUUCUAUAUUCCUCAAUUCAUUGUUCUCUUUUUUGGGGAAUUGUUACUAUAAUACCUUUCCUGAAAUCGUUGAUUAUUUUCCCGUUUAAGCACAUUUUGUUGCAUAUAUUUCCAAGUUCUUUAUUUACUCCUUCUCCAGCACACUUUAUUAUCCCUGCUGGGAUUUUAUAUAUAGUAAAUGCUUUGUUAUUUUUAAGAUUUUCUGUAGCAAAAUCAAUUUCUGAUUGAAGGAUAUAGUCUCCUUUGUCUUCUUCUUCUACGCAUUUCUCUUCUUCCAAGACAUUUUCACUAAAUUGACUUGCAUACAAUUCUUCUAAGUAUUACUUCCAUCUGUUUACCUUUUGUUCUGCUGUUAUUAGUAUCUGACCCAUUUUAUUUCUCAGGGCAUUUUCAUUCAUUCUUCUUGUGCAGAAAAGUGUGUUCACAAUCUCGAAAGCUAGAUCACUUCUUCCUCUUUUUAAGUACUCUUCCACUAUGGUACAUUGGUCAUUUGACCAUUUUUCUUUGGCUUCCUUUGCUUUUCUUUGUAUGACAUUUCUUAUGUGUUUAUAGUUCUGUGGACUUUUUAUGUUGUUUUGAUUUUUGUAUUUUCUUCUUUUAUUUAUAAGAUCUAUAAUUUCUUUCAUAAUCCUGGGCUUCCUUGCUUUUUUCUCCAGUGUUCCUAGGAUUUCUUCAGCCUUAUUUUUCAAUAUUUGCUUAAUAUUAUUCCAUUUUUCUUCUACUGUGUUAUUACCUGGUGCUACUGCCAUUAGGGUGUCUACAUUUCCUGUUAUAUUCCAUUUUUGUUUCAUAUUUUUUAAUUUCUGUAGGUUCCAUCUCUUAAUAUUAUUUUUCUUUUUAAUGUUUUUGUACUGUAAUCUGCUCCAGGAUAUGCUUUACAUUGCUUAAUUUGGUUUUUAAAUCUUUGCUUUGUCAUAAUGUGAUCAAUUUGAUUCCUCGCUAUAUCUCCAGGAGAUUUCCAUGUAUACCUUCUUUUAUGAUUAUUGAACAGGGUAUUUGUUAACACAAGCUUGUACAAAAUUGUAGCCCAUUUGACCCAGAUUGUGUAUAGUUUCCUAGAGGAAGCUUGAAAAAAUGAAAAUAUUUCUAAUUUUUUUUGCUCAACUAACCAUAAUAUUGUAUUAUUGAUUUUCAAAAUAAAAUCAGUUAUAAUUUAAGGAAAAUAAAAUUGCUGUACAGUUUAAAAGUAUUUGAAUUUCAUCCAAUUUAAACAACAAGGCUAUCAGUAAAUAAAAUAAUGUGAGCGACCAGUCGUGUCUAGGAGCACUAAUGUUUUCCAGUGACUAGCUGUUAGCAUUUAUCCUCACCAAGGAAAUAGUACCUUAACUGGUUUAGUUUGAGAACCCAUGGCUACCGGGUUUAGUAGAGUACCUGAAUUCUGGGGGUCACAAAUCACUCCUUGAGUCUCCUGACAUUAAUAGAAAACCUGCUGUGUUAAAAUUUAGACUAUAUCGCGAUAUCGUAAUUCACCUUAUAUUGACUUUUGGUUGAAUAUUUAUUAUUAUUAUUAUUUUUUUUUUAAGACUAUUUCCAAAUCUAAAUAUACCAAUAAAGAGUGUUGAUAGAAAAAAUGUAUACCAAAUUAUUGCACCACUGUUUAAACUUCGUCAAGCAUGUUUGCAUCCACAAGUAAAUAAAUAAACUUAAUUUAUUAAAUCUAACUAUAUUGAGUUUGAAGACAUGUUUAUUAAACAAUAUUUUUAUUUGUCUAGGCUGUAAACGGACAAUUAUUUUCAAAAAAAAGAACAAUGACUAUGACAAUGGAGAAAUUAAUGGAUGUUAUGAUAAAAAAAUGUCGUGUUGAAUGUAAUGAUAUAUUGCGUUCACUCGUAUCUCAGCAUAAUGCACUUGCGGGAUUGUAUCUUAUUCGUAGAGAAGUUCCUAUGGCUAUUUCCCAUUAUAGAACUGUUUUAACAUUGUUGGACAAAUAUAAAGAGAGAGAUCUUAAAAUUGACAGUUGUCAGGUAAAAUGUUAAAUAAAUUUAUAUUUAUUUACAUCUUUUAUAGUUUAAGUAGAGAUUAAGGCUUUCCUAAAAUUAAAUUUUUGUUGUACCAACACUAUUUUUUAAAUUAAUUUGUUAUAAGUAAUGCUUUUGUUUAAUGGUGCCAGCCUGUUUUUUGGCUCAAAAAUAUGUUUUACCAAUCAAACUCUCAUGCCUUGUAAAGUGAUUUGAUUUCAAUGUAGAUUUUAUUUUCUUAUCAUUAAAUCUAUAAUAUAUCUUUAAAAAGGGUCAAUUUAACUUCGUUUUACUAACUUUCUAUACUAUUAUUUUAAACCAAAUAAAAAAUAGAAGUUAAAUGCAACCUUGAAUGUUGUUUAUAAAUUAAAAACAAAAUGGUAGAAAAAUAUAAUGUUAUCAAUGAGUUAUCUCCAUAUUCCUGCAAAGUCAGUUUUAUCAGUAAAAACCUUACCCCCCUAAAUGGAUAUUGGACCAACAAAUGAAGUAUAUUAUCUUUAACAUAGUAAUUGAAAUGUUAAAAAUUUUAAAAUUUUAAAAUUUUCCUAAAUUGGAGAAAAUUUGAAUCCUGGGACCGGCCCCAGGAUUCUUAAAAUAUGUUAUUAAUAUUUCUAAUAUUGAAUACAGUUUAUAGUAUACAAAGCUAUAAUAAUUAUAGUAAGAUUUAUUUAGAUAAGUUUACAUAAACAAAAGUUUAACUAGAUUUUUAAAAACUUCAGUUCUCAGUUAUUGAAAAUUAUUAAAAGAGAUGAGUACAUAAAAGUUAGCUAAAGCGUUGCUUCUAUAGUAGACAAAAUGAGAAAAAAUAAUCUGAGAUGGUUUAGCACAGGGAAGAGGGAAAAGGGGGAUUGGAAGACCAAAACAGGGGUGAUUGAAUGCUAUUAAUAAUGAUUUGAGGACAAACAGUGUAUGUAAGAUGGUAGAUCUAGUCAAGUGAAAUUGUAUUUUCAUACAAUAUUAUUCUAAUUUCUUACUUCUGGUGGAUUUUUUAAAAAAUUUCUUUCAUACAAAUCUUGUCCUGAUAUUUUAGAACAUAACAAAAAAAAUCUGCCAAAUUGGUUGAGCUGUUCUCAAUUGAUGAUCUCUCAUACAUACAGCGAUUGAUUUUUAUUUAUACAUAGGUUUCUUUUUAGUAAUCCCUAAUUCCUUUUCUAUGAAAACUGCUUUCUACUCCAGCGUACACAAAUUACCUAUACAUUGUGCACCAUUGUAUCUAGUUUCCUUUUUAUAACUAUACAUUACCAACAGAAACGUUCAUAGGCUUAAUGCAGAGCUCUCUGGUCCAUACCUACUCUCAGGUCCGAAUUGAUGAACCAGUGAGCUACCGAGAAAAUCUCAGUGGAUCGCGCCGAAUAAUUCUUGAUUUUGAUCAAAUUAAUAUAAAUUUCUAAUCUUAAUAAAAUCCUAACACUCGGUGAGUUGAUACAUUCGCUAUCUGGUGCUGCCUACUCUAACAUUAAAAUUGUUUUUUUCUUACAUACUCUUGACACUUGUAUUUAAUACAAGUGUCAUACUCAUACAUACUCAUACAUAUUUUGUAUUCAAUUAAAAUAAAAUUUAAUUUUAUAUUGUAUAUUUAAAAUUAUAAUUAAUUAAAUUUUUAAAUAGAAAAUUCAUGUGAUGUAUAAUUUGGAUUCAAUACUAAGUGAAUGUAAAAAUACUAAUACCCCUACAACACAUGACUCGUAUGACUUGACCUUGAAACAGGAUAUGGAACAACUAGAAAAUGAAUAUCUUGGUGCUAGUAAACAAAAUGUAAGUAUACCACGUAAAUUUAGGUAUUAAAAAAUGUAAUUCUUUUCAAACUAUACAAAUAUAAAUUAUCUAAUUUAUACUAAUUUAAUUUUUUAUUGUUUAUUAAUUUAUUUUCAUAUUGUCUGCCUUUUAAUAAUCCAAUUAAUUUAAUUGAAAUUCAUUAUUAUUAAUUAUUAUUUAUUAAUAGAGAGUAGAUAUUUAUGCCUUUAUUAUAUUUAUUUUAUACAAUUUAAAUUAAUGCGGAGUAAGAUAUAAAUAAUGUAUUUCAUUACUUAAAUAAUUCAAAUUUCCAAUUAAAUUUUGCAUAUUUUUAGAUUUUUACCUAUUUAAUCAUAUUUUUAUGUUCACAAAGCUUUAGUGCAUAUUUAGGUUUUAUUGAAAUAUUCUGUACUAAAAUUGUCCGAUAAUAAAUAAUGAUUAUUUUACCAAGCUGGAAAAACCUUUAAAAUUGUAUACAAUGAAUAACGUAUUUUGCGUUUGUCAUUUAUUGAAUGUAGUAUACCCGGUGAAUUUGUAUAUGUAUUAACCUAUUUAUUUUGAAAUGUUCAAAACAUCAGUUCACUCUUUAAAUCUAUUCAGAAUCUAUCUGAGUGUAUUUUUCUUCUGAAAACACUUUGUUUAGUAUUAAUGCUCCGAAUUGUUCAUAUUAUAUCCUAAAAGAUAAAGAUUUUCUGGCUUGGAGUCUUUAUUUAUUUGUAAAAUGAUUAUCUAAUCUGGUUUUUCUAAAGCCACAAUCAUACAUUAUAUGUAUAUCAGUUUUAUUUGAUUAUGUUGAUUUAAUAUUAUAGCCCUAUCAUUUUAUCCAAUACUGCUCAUUAUUGCUUUUUAACUGAUAUAAUUUUUUACUACUCCUAUACUCCGAUCACCGUAAGAACGCAACUGGCUUCUUGUUGACAAAACUCUUUAAUUAUUGCACAUUCCCAUCACUAUUCCAGCAUUAACUCGGCAUCGUCAAUACGGCCGCACAAUGGCAUUCAGAUAUCGGUGGCCUUGUGAUUAGCUAACUGAGUGAGUUGCAGUCUUAUGACGAACGGAGUAUAGUAAUUAAACUUAAAUCACCCUCUUAUACCUUAUCUUAUACCUUCUAAACUUCCCAUCUACAACAAUGGCCUGUCUGGUUUAAAGUAUGGUUUGUUAUCUUUAUAGAUUGAAAUAACACAGAAAACAGUUACAUUAUAUUCCGUUAAAAUAGCCAAACUCCUUGAGGAUAAAACCUUGGCUUAUUCUGACUGGUGGUCUGAUAUGCUGGAUUGGAUUUUUUCACCUUGUGACUUUUUGUCUAAAGUAAAAAUUGAUUUAGACAAUUAUCAUGUACCUGGUGUUCCAAAUAUUGCAAAUAAGUAUGUUAUUAGUUUCAGUAUUAUUAAUUUAAUAAAACCUUACCUUAAAUAUUUUAUUCAAAUAAAAUAAUCACUUAAAAUUAGAUUUAACAUUUAGUUGUAUUUAGGUAAACUAAAAAAAAAAAAACAUUAUGUUUUUAGGUUGAAGACUAGGAGUGAUGUUUUUACAGUUCUGAGCAUUUGGCUUACAGAUUUAAAUACAGCAAGAGUUGAUACAUUAGCCACAUUAAACACUUUAGCAGGAACAUCCAUGAAUGAUUUGGUUGAAAAGGCAUUAUUAUGUCAUUUACGUGUUAAAUCAAAAAAAGGUCUUUCUAAUAAUAGGUGAUUAAUGAAUUUAUUAUUCAUUUUUAUAUAAUUCAAUUUACGACUUUAUGUGUUGUGUAGGUGUUUAUUAUGCAAAGUUGAAAAUCAACUCAAGGUAUAUGAAACAUUAUUAUUUAGUGUAUCAAAUAAACCAAAAACUACAGAAACUGAUACAACUGAUGAAAAUGAAGAAAACACAUAUGAAAGUACUAGUAAAGGUCUAUGGAAAAUGUCUCAAAAAGAAUUGUUACUCAUGAGUAAGUUUAUCAUCAAGUUACUUAUUCAAAUUUGUAUUUAUCUUAAUAUAAAAUAUAUUUGCAGAGUUAUUUCAAUAUGGACAAGCUAAAAUUAUAAACAAAAACUGUCUGAAAGAUGCAGCUGAACAUAUGAAGGUUUUGGAAUUGGUACGAAAAGAAUUCAGAUAUUUACGACUGUUGUGGACUCAUCUUAGUGAUAGUCUGUCUGCUCAUGAUGAGAUUGUUAUGGCUAAAUCAAGAUUAAGACUUGGGGAAAGUGGGCAAGAUGAGCAUACAGAAUAUGGUCCUCCCAAGAAAAAAACUAAGAAAGAUAAUGAAAAUGAUGUGAUCAUGGAACAAUAUGUUAGUCAUUCAUAACAUUGAUAUUUGAUACAUAAUAAUUUCAAGGUGUUGUUUUUUAUAGGUGGAUCAUAAUAUGGCAGUGUUAGGACUGGAAAUACCAAACACCGUAGUCAUAUUAGAAAAAAAAAUUGGAACUUUACUGUACCUAGAAAAAUUAAAAAAAGAAAAAGAAAAUUCUACUGGGAAUGAACCAGAACCAUGUCCUAUUUGUCAACUUGAUAUUGAUGAUGUUGUAUGUAAUUAAGAAUUUUAUGCAAGUUUAGUAUUAUAUCAUUUUAUUUUUCUGUUUAAUAGUGGGCUGUAUUACAAUGUGGUCAUAGUGUAUGCAGUCAAUGUUUAGCAUCUAUGUGUAAACAUAUGGACAAAAAAGAAAUAGUAUGUCCAAUGUGUAGAAGUAAUUCUCUAACCGAGUCUGUAGCCUAUGUAAGAACACGAUGUGAUGAUCAAAUGUCGUCAAACACAGUAAUUAAAGGAUCAUUUUCUACUAAGGUAGAAAAUAUAACUUCUAAAUUAAUGGAAUUGAUUAAGGAAGAUCCAAAAGUUAAAGUUUUGAUAUUUUCAACAGUAAGUUUUUUUUCUACUGUUAUCUUUAAAUAUAAUGUUUGUAAAAUAUUUUAAUUUGAGAAUUAUAUAUUUUUUAGUGGGAUAAAAUAUUGAGUCUUAUUGGAGAAGCUUUAGAACACAAUUCUGUCAAUUACAGAACAUUGAAACCUGGAAAUAAAUACAACAAAACAUUAACUGAUUUUAAGGUUCAAAUCAUUCAGUUAAAUAUUUUGAUAGUUAAAAUCUAUAAUAGUACCAUGUGAUCCAUUUAAGUGGUUCACUCAUUAUCUUGGAAAGUAUUAACUUUUUCGGAAUUUGUUUUCUAGAACCGUUUAAGAAACCUCUACAAUUUUAUAUUUAUGUUCUUUUAUUUUUAACAGUUUGUUUCUUAAACAUUCUAGAAAACAAAUUCCGAAAAAGUUAAUAUUUUCUGAGAUAAUGAGUGUACCCACAUAAAUGGAUCACAUAGUAUAUUAGUGUUUAUUGUAAGUCUAUUAUUUACCAAUUCUUUUCACUUUUAACAGGCUGCAUUCAUUUUGACGUACUUGGCAUUUUUCUUUUUUUUAAACUUGUUGUGCAAUGCUCGUAUUGUCACAAAUUAAUUUUGUGUACUUUAGACUAAGAAAGUUUAUUUUGGUUUUCCUGAGAAAAUUUUUUUGUUUAAGCCAUUAUAUUAAAUUUUAUAGCACUUAAGGAUUUUAUAGUGUAUUUUAGUAAUUUUUGGAUCCGAAAUUUGAAUUUGAAAUUUUAUUUUAAGAUUUUUACAUGGGUAAAUGAUUUGAAUAUAUAUUAGCUGACAAUAUUAAUGUUAAAACCUUGAUAACGAAGGUUAAACAGAUAUUAAUUAUAAUUUUGUAAAAUUAAAAUUUAGUGUACACAUUGGUCAACAUUUUACACUAGCUAAAAUAAAUAGCCUUUCAGCAGCUAUAAAAUUGUAUAUGUAUUGAAAUUUGAAAAUGUUCACUGGCCUAGUUUUUUAUUUUUUUAACUGCACUAAAGUAUUAUAUUGUUAUGGUUGAUUUUGUUUUGUAUUUAUAGACGGAUGAUAAAAUCAAUGCAUUAUUAAUGAAAUUAUGUGUGGGUUCAAAAGGAUUAAAUUUAACUGAAGCCACGAGAAUUUUUUUUGUGGAGCCAUUAAUCAAUAAUAACGAUGAACUUCAAGCUAUUGGUCGAGUUCAUAGAAUGGGACAAGCAAGGUAAUUAAAUUCUUAAAAUAAAUUUUUUUUAAUGUUUGAAUGCCUUUUGAAAUGUUUAAAUUUCAUGUAUACAUGUAUUUAUUUUUUUUAGAACUACUUAUGUACAUCAUUUCAUAAUUCGGGAUUCUAUUGAAGAAAAUAUUGCAAAUGUUUUUUCAAGUGGAAAUAAGGUGGAUCAUUGGUCUAAUAUCACACUGGCACAAAUGUUACAAGUAUUUGAAAGAAGUUCCUCAUAUGAAAACAUAGAAAACUAA